AUGAGUAUUAUCUUUCAGAUGUUGCUAGUACUUGCAGGUUCAGAAACUCUGGAAGUGAGACGAGCAUUAGUUAAGUUUAUGAACAAGAUAUCACUUGGUAACAUUUCAAAAGAAGUAAACUUUGGAUGGGAUUUAUCAUCUGAUCCAUGUACCAACAAAUGGGAAGGGAUAACUUGUGAUUCAAGAAACCAACAUGUAAAAAAUAUUGUUCUUGAUCAGAAGAAUCUCACUGGAAUUCUUGAUGCUUCUUUUGUCUGUGAGGCUACUUCCCUUGCUGUACUGAGCUUGAACGAAAACGAAAUUGUUGGAACAUUACCUCAAGAAAUAUCAAACUGCAGACGUCUCACACAUUUUUAUCUGCGUGGCAACAAAUUAUCAAGCAACUUACCAAGCUCUCUUUCGCGGUUGAGCAAUUUGAAAAGGUUUGUAAUUUCAGACAAUGCCUUCUCGGGGCAGAUACCGGAUAUGUCAAGAAUCUCAGGGCUGAUAACUUUUUUGGCUGAAAGAAAUCAGCUAACAGGGCAGAUACCAGAAUUUGAUUUUUCCAAUCUUGUAGAAUUCAAUGUCUCAUACAAUAAUUUAACUGGUCCAAUACCUGAUGUCAAGGACCAGUUUAGUUCCAGCAGUUUUUUGGGUAAUCCUGGAUUAUGUGGAGUGCCAUUGCCAAGCAUAUGUCCACCCUCGCCACCGCCACCUCCCCAUCCAGUUGAUAAGGAGAAAAAAGUUUCAUACUUUAUUUAUCUUGGCUAUGCUAUUCUUGGGCUGAUUAUCAUACUUCUACUUGUAUGGAAGCUUUUUAAGUGCAUAAGGAAGAAAAAGAGCAAUAGUACUCCAAUGGAUCACAACAAGACUAUUAGCUCUUCUGGUGUUACAAAGACUCCUAAAAAUAGGUCAGAAUAUUCAAUAACAUCUAGUCCCGAAAACUCUAUGCUCUCAGCAUCAUUUGAAAUCCUUUCAAGUCCUCUGGCUAAUAAAUUGAGAUUCGAGGACUUGCUUCGAGCUCCAGCUGAAUUGAUUGAGAAAGGAAAACAUGGAAGUGUUUUCAAGGUCAAUGUUGAUGGAGUGACAUUGGUAGUAAAGAGGAUCAGUGGUUGGAAUAUUUCGAAAUACGAUUUCAAGAAGAGGAUGCAGAGAAUACAUAGAAUGAAGCAUCCUCAUGUGUUGCCCCUUGUUGCCUUCUAUAGUUCCAAACAAGAGAAGCUAACAGUUUACAAGUACCAACAGAAUGGCAGUCUAUUCAAGCAUCUCCAUACAUCUCAGGGCAGUAAAGUUUUCGAGUGGGCGAGCAGAUUAGCUAUUGCAGCCAGUGUCGCAGAGGCCUUAGCAUUCAUGCAUGAAGGCCUUCAGAAUGACAAUAUUCCUCAUGGAAACAUGAAAUCCACCAACAUUAUGCUGAACGAUGACAUGGAAGCCUGUAUCAGCGAGUAUGGUCUAAUGCCCAACAAUCAAGACCAGUCAUUUGUUGCUCAAAGUGAUCAUAGCAUCAGAGAAGAUGAUUCAGUUGCAAUUACUACACGUAACACCUUCAAGAUGGAUGUUUAUAGUUUUGGAGUGAUUCUUCUUGAAUUGCUCACAGGGAAGCCUGUUCAGGCUAGUGGAUAUGAUUUGUCUAGGUGGGUAAAUUCAGUAGUUAGAGCGGAAUGGACUGGUGAAGUUUUCGACAAGUCCCUUAUUACAGAUGGUACAAAUGAAGAAAGAAUGAUCAAUCUGUUGCAUGUAGCUCUCAAAUGCAUAAAUACAUCACCAGAUGCAAGGCCUAACAUGAAGGAAGUUGCGUUCAUCAUCAAUUCUAUUAAGGAAGAUGAAGAGAAAUCCGUGUCUGCGUUCAGCUAACAAAUCAAACACAGGGCUCCAAUCCAAAAGCCUGGAUGCAAAAUUUCCUAUUUAUACUUUUUUUUGUUUGGAGAAAUGCUCUAUCAUUUGAUUUGGCUACAGAGCUUCACAAAUCACUCUGGUAAAUUGUUAAGAACAAAUAUUCUUUUGCUUUCUUGUGUUUAUUCAGG